AUGGCAGCAGUCGUCCAGGAAGAGUUCUUCAAGGCCACCGCCGGCCACCGGGCCUGCUUCGCCGGCGGCUGCGCCACCAUCUUCAUCGCCAUAGCCAGAUCCAUUCUCUUCAUCAAAACUCCCCAGGAUCUCCUCCGCUCCACUCUGGCGGCGCUCCUCGGCUACCUCGCGGCGGAUCUCGUCUCCGGAAUCUACCACUGGUCCGUCGACAACUACGGCACCGCCGAAACCCCAUUUUUAGGGUUCCAAAUCGAGCUUUUUCGUGUCCACCACAAGCAGCCAUGGGCGGUCACAAAAUACGACACGGCACGGGCGGUUCACAUCGUCGCGGCCGCCGUCGCCGUCCUGCUUCUGCCGCCGGCGUUGGCGGCGCGUGAUCCGGCGGCGCUGGGGUUCCUGGCCGCGUUCGGAGGGUUCGUCAUGUUCUCCCUGCAGAUCCACGCCUGGGCCCACACGGCGAAGAAGAAUAUUCCGGCGGGCGUCAGGGCGCUGCAGGACGCCGGAAUUAUUUUGCGGCCGUCGUGGCACGCGGCGCACCACCGGCCGCCGUUCAACAACACGUACUGCAGCGUGAGUGGCUGGUGCGACCCUGUUUUGGAUAAGCUUAAGGUUUUUGAGACCAUGGAGGUUGUGCUGUUCCACGUCGCCGGAGUUCGGCCGCAGUGCUGGAGCGAAAACAAACUCCGGCGGGAUUCCGGCGAUUCGACGAUUGAUGAAGUUGAGGAAUGA